GUGAUGACUAUCUCCGGAGUUCGAUCACGUGAAAUAAUCGGCUCAGUCAAGUAUUGUGCGAAGGAGAUGACGAAUUAUUGCACAAACAUUGAGUCUUUCGUCAUAAACACGUCAUCAGUUACUUGGUUGCGGUGAAAUUACAAAGUAUGUAUGUAAGUUCCACUUUGAAUCUGGCUUUACCUUGGAGCAUCAUCGACAACUGAACUGACGAAUUCUGCGAACCGCACAAUAUGUUUCCUUCGAAAGAGGAAUUGGUUGAUAAUCCAGAGAUCGAUGUGCAAUUAAUUGAUUAUAUGAGAACCCAAUCUGCCUUCAGUAUCAUAUCGAUAUUCCUUAUGUUCCUGGCUCACGUAUUUGCCUUCUACUCUUUCAAGAGACCCAGGUAUAUUAUAAAGCGGCUUACAGCACUUCUACAUAUGAUGACUGCCGCCUGUUUGUUGGUACUCAAUGAAGUGUAUAUAAAGUCAGUCGACCAUGGUAUAGACCACAUCCCGGCCAGACAUCCAAAGAUUGCCACCUACCGUUAUGGAUUCUCUUUCAUUUUAUCUUGGAUUAGUUUCGUCAUUUACUUCUUGGCCGGCUGCGUUUUCCUAUUUGCAUCGCACAAACAAAAGACCGAAAUGGCUGACGAGGAAGAUGAACUAGCGGAACAAGAUGAACCAAUGCAUCUAGGCCGUAUAUAAAGAGAUACAGUCACCUGUUUACAAUGGUGGAAGCCUUUCUCCGUCUAUUUUUCUGAUGGACGAUUAUACGAUUGGACGAUUGGAUGUAAUUUUUAUUCUUGUCCUUUUGGAUGAGUGGACGUUUGGACGUAACUUUUUUGUCGUUUUGGACGAUUGAACGUUUUGCGGGGUUUGCGAGUAAAAGCAAUAGGGCCUGGUGUUAACACUUUUCUUUAUUAAGCUGUUAUAUCAAAACAUAGAUUACGAGAUUGAUUUUUUUUUUUAAGAGAAAAAAGAGGGAAAAGAAAGAAAAUAAUGAGAAAUAAUAGCGUGAAAUGAAACGGAAGAAAAGUUGAAGAAGAAAGAUAAAGGAAAAAAUUUUAAAAGUGUAGAAAGAAAGGAAUCAAGAAGAAAGUUAAUCAAAGCGAUAAUAAUAAUAAUAAUAAUAAUAAUUAGAAGAAGAAGAAGAAGAAGAAGAAGAAGAAGAAGAAGAAGAAGAAGAAGAAGAAGAAAUCCAAAAAUAUAAAUAAAAAGAUAGCUAAAUAGAAGAUAAGUGAAGGAGAAGUGAUUUAAUGACAAAGGCAAACAAGAAAUGAGAAAGAAAACGAAGGAAAUUAAUACGCUAUUAUAAAGGGAGAUAAUUGGAUGUGAAACUUCCUGCCAAUGUUCAUUUUUUUACGUGUUUUUUAUACCCCCACCCCAUCCCCACCACUAC